UGGAGCCGGGAGAGACCGCCGGGCCCGGCCCGCACGGGAGCGGAACAGUCUGGGACCUGCUGCCAUGGGGGACAUGAAGACCCCUGAUUUCGAUGACCUCCUGGCCGCCUUUGACAUCCCUGACAUCGACGCGAACGAAGCCAUCCACUCUGGGCCGGAAGAGAAUGAGGGGCCCGGGGGCUCAGGGAAGUCAGAGUCCAGUGCCGGGGGCGAAGCUGGAGAAGCAGCAGCCGCAGCUGCCGGGGACGGCCCUGGGGUUCCCGCCCAGGCCCCCGACCAUGGCCUGCCGCCUCCGGACAUCUCGGCCGUCAGCGUCAUUGUCAAGAACACCGUGUGUCCCGAGCAGCCCGAGGCCCUGGCCGGGAACUCGGGUGGGGAGGGGGCCCGGACCGGGGGGCUCGCCAAGGAUGGACCCGGGGGGCCUCGCCUGAUGCAGAAUGGUUUUGGGGGCCCUGAGCCAUCCCUUCCAGGAACGCCUCGCUCGCCAGCUCCUCCCGGUGCGGGUACCUGGAAAGAAAAAAACGUGGACGGCAAAGCUCCCUUGGACCUCUUCGCUCAUUUUGGGCCUGAGCCAGGAGAACACCCGGACCCCCUGCCUCCCGCCGCGCCCUCCCCUCCCCGCGAGGGCGCCAUGACCCCACCUCCCUUCCCCUCUCCCUUCGAGCUGGCGCAGGAGAACGGCCCGGCCCUGCUGCCGCCUGGGGCCUUGAAGCAGGAGAGCUGCAGCCCACUUCCCGCGCGGGGCUCCAGCCCUGACGCCACGGGCGUCCCUGCCAGCGCCUCGCCCUCCGCGGUGGCCGGGCCGCCCUUCAUCAAGCAGUCUCCGGGGCACCAGAGCCCUCCUGCCUCUCCCGAAGCGCCUGGCUGUCAGCCCCUCAAGGAGGAAGAGGAGGACGAGGGGCCGGCGGACAGGUCUCCCCCGGGAAGUCCCCGGAGCCCCUCCAGCGGCGCCGAGGCCGCGGACGAGGACAGCAACGACUCCCCGGCCUGCGCCUCGCGGCCGCUCAAGGUGCGGAUCAAGACCGUGAAGACGUCCUGCGGGAGCAUCACGAGGACGGUGACCCGCGUCCCCUCGGACCCGGACCCCUCCGCGCCUGUGCCUGAGGGCGCCCUGGUGGCCGAGGCUGGUCUCCUGAAGCUGUCCCCGGCGACCCCGGCCCCCGAGGGGCCGAAGGUGGUGAGCGUCCAGCUGGGGGACGGCACGCGGCUGAAGGGCACCGUGCUGCCCGUGGCCACCAUCCAGAACGCGAGCACGGCCAUGCUGAUGGCGGCCAGCGUGGCCCGCAAAGCCGUGGUUCUGCCCGGGGGCGCCGCCGCCAGUCCCAAGACGAUGGCCAAGAACGUGCUGGGUCUCGUGCCCCAAGCCCUGCCCAAAGCCGAGGGCCGGGUGGGGCUGGGGCCCGGGGGACAGAAGGUGAACGGGGCCUCCGUGGUGAUGGUGCAGCCUUCGAAGGCGGCCGCCGGCCCUGGCGCCGCGGGCGGCACGGUGAUCUCGCGGACGCAGUCCAGCCUGGUGGAGGCCUUCAACAAGAUCCUCAACACCAAGAACCUGCUGCCCGCCUACAGGCCCAACCUGAGCCCGCCGGCCGAGGCCGGCCUGGCCCUGCCGCCCACGGGCUACCGCUGCCUGGAGUGCGGCGACGCCUUCUCGCUGGAGAAGAGCCUGGCGCGCCACUACGACCGCCGCAGCAUGCGCAUCGAGGUCACCUGCAACCACUGCGCGCGCCGCCUGGUCUUCUUCAACAAGUGCAGCCUGCUGCUGCACGCGCGCGAGCACAAGGACAAGGGGCUCGUCAUGCAGUGCUCGCACCUCGUCAUGCGGCCCGUGGCCCUGGACCAGAUGGUGGGGCAGCCGGACAUCACGCCCCUGCUGGCCGUCCCGCCGGCCCUGGGCCCGCCCGCCCUGCCGGCCCUGGGCAAGAGCGACGGGGGCGUCGCCUCCGCCAUCACCGUGGUCGCCGCCGAGGCCCCCGUGCUGCCGCUGUCGGCCGAGCCGCCCGCCGCCCCGCGCUCCGCCUUCACGUGCUUCCGCUGCCUGGAGUGCAAGGAGCAGUGCCGGGACAAGGCCGGCAUGGCCGCCCACUUCCAGCAGCUCGGGCCCUCGGCCGCGGGCGCCUCCAGCACGGUGUGCCCGACGUGCCCCAUGAUGCUCCCCAACCGCUGCAGCUUCGGGGCGCACCAGCGCAUGCACAAGAACCGCCCGCCCCACGUCUGCCCCGAGUGCGGCGGCAACUUCCUGCAGGCCAACUUCCAGGCGCACCUCCGCGAGGCCUGCCUGCACUUCUCCCGCCGCGUGGGCUACAGGUGUCCCAGCUGUGCAGUGGUGUUUGGGGGCGUGAACUCCAUCAAGUCCCACAUCCAGACGUCGCACUGCGAGGUUUUCCACAAGUGCCCCAUCUGCCCCAUGGCCUUCAAGUCUGCCCCCAGCGCCCACGCCCACCUCUACACCCAGCACCCCAGCUUCCACACGCAGCAGGCCAAGAUGAUCUUCAAGUGCGCCAUGUGUGACACGGUCUUCACCCACAAGCCCCUGCUCUCCUCACACUUCGACCAGCACUUGCUGCCCCAGCGCGUCAGCGUCUUUAAGUGCCCGUCUUGUCCUCUGCUUUUCGCCCAAAAAAGGACCAUGCUGGACCACCUUAAGAACACCCAUCAGUCUGGGCGUGCAGGGGAGGAAACUGCUGGGAAAGGGACUGGGGGUGCCCUGCUGACCCCCAAGACUGAGCCCGAGGAGCUGACUGUCUCCCGGGGAGGGGCAGCUCCCCCUACUGAAGAGUCGUCUUCGUCUACAGAAGAGGAAGAGCUGCCCAGCUCCCCCGAGCCCCCGCGCCCAGCCAAACGGCCCCGGCCCCGGCGGGAACUCGGGAACAAGGGCCUCAAGGGCGGGGGUGGGGGCCCUGGAGGCUGGACCUGUGGCCUGUGCCACUCCUGGUUCCCCGAGCGCGACGAGUACGUGGCUCACAUGAAGAAGGAGCACGGCAAGUCCGUGAAGAAGUUCCCGUGUCGCCUGUGCGAGCGCUCCUUCUGCUCGGCCCCCAGCCUGCGGCGCCACGUCAGGGUCAAUCACGAGGGGAUCAAGCGAGUUUACCCCUGCAGGUACUGCACGGAGGGGAAGCGCACCUUCAGCAGCCGCCUGAUCCUGGAGAAGCACGUCCAGGUCCGGCACGGCCUGCCCCUCGGCGCCCAGUCGCCCGGCCGGGGCGUCGCCUUGACACAGGGUUCCGGAGCCAGAGCCCAGGGGCCGGGACGGAAACGCCGCCAGUCGUCCGACUCCUGCAGCGAGGAGCCCGACAGCACGACGCCGCCCGCCAAGUCCCCCCGGGGCGGCCCCGGGCCCCUGCGCUGCCGGCGGAGCAGCGGUUCGGCGGAGCCGAGCCUCCUGGCGGGGCUGCGGGUGGAGGGCGGCACCCAGCAGUGCCUCGACUGCGGCCUGUGCUUCGCCUCCCCGGGCUCCCUGAGCCGGCACCGCUUCAUCAGCCACAAGAAGAGACGGGGCGUAGGGGGCGCAGGGGGCGCCGGCGCCCCGGGCCUGGGGGACGGCGAGGAGGAGGCCGCGCCGCCGCCGAGGUCUGACCCGGAGGGCGGAGACUCGCCCCUGCCCGCUGCCGGCGGCGCCCUCACCUGCAAGGUCUGCGGCAAGAGCUGCGACAGCCCCCUCAACCUCAAGACCCACUUCCGCACGCACGGCAUGGCCUUCAUCAGGGCGCGGCAGGGGGGCAGCGGGGACAACUAGGCCCCUGGCCGGACUGGGCUCCCCCCACCCCCGCCCGGCCCCCCGCGCCGGGGCGUUUCGUUCCAACCCGCGUUCUGGUCCGCGCCGCCCCGGCCCGGCCGAGCUGGAGGAUCGUAGUUCUUUGCAGUUGCCCCCCUUCGGGUGCGGCCCCGGAUCCUGUAGGACGGACCUGCCCCCCCCCCUCUGAGCCCGACACUAACGACCCUCCUGCUGCUGCCCCGCGGAGGCGGAGGUGGAGACGGGGCCCCGGCCGCCCUGCCGCUCCUCCGCCCUGCCCUGCCCGAGCACCCCCGGGCCCCCUGGCACUCAAGCCCCCGCCCUGCAGUGCCUUUCACUUGUCUUUAUUUUUCCCCCAGAAUUCCGGGGGGGCUGGUAGGGAUGAGUCCUGUCAAGGGGGCUCCGGGGAGGAGGCUCGGCUCUCAGGAAUCCUGCGUUCUCGUAGCGACGAUACUAACUGGGGGCGCCGGACGGGAACCGCCCAUUAAACUGCUCGUGGUUUGAUCCCCCGUCAGGCUCUUCUUUGCGUGCAGCUCGGCCAGGGCGGCCUGGACGGGGCGGGGUGACAACCAGCUCGGGAGGCGGCGGCUGACCAGGCAGGUAGGGGAGCGCAACUGCCCCCCACCUCGGCCGUGGGGGCCCCUGUAGCUCCUGGACACGGCUGUUCCCCGUCACUGGAAAAAGGCAACUCGGCAGGGACGCGGGUGGCUAACUAAGGACUUUAUUUCAAACAAAAAUUAAAAAACU